CGACGUGUGGCGCUGGCAGUUGUCACAAUGACGCGACAUUUUAAUUUUCUUCAGUACCGCACUUGCAGGCCCGUAGGAGUUAGUGUCCAGUUGUACACGUGAUUCGAGUCGAUGCGGAUGCAUCAAACCGUUAAGGUCUAUAGACUAGAGGUUGUUGGCGAAGAUGUUGGUUCUACGGUAUUUAGCUUCUUUCUAUCACUAUGUGAACUACGAAGUCAGCGAUUCACGUGUGAGCAAUUGGUUGUUAAUGGAAACCCCAUGGCCCGGUCUGGCACUGCUAGGUUUCUAUCUGAUGUUCGUCCUCAAGUGGGGUCCGAAGUGGAUGGAGAACCGGAAACCCUUGAAGAUUGACCUCGUGAUCCGUGUGUAUAAUUUGGUGCAGGUGUUCAUUUGCUUUUUCCUGUUUGUGGAGGGCUGGCGAUUGGGAUACAUGCGAGAUUACAACGUGCUCUGCCAGCCGGUGAAUUAUUCCAACGAUGAGGUGCCCCUGACGAUUGCCCGACGGUGUCACAUAUAUUUUCUGGUUAAAGUAAUGGAUCUUCUCGAUACCGUAUUUUUCGUGGUGCGGAAGAAACAGAAUCAGGUUAGCUUUCUGCACGUUUAUCACCACACGGGAAUGGUGAUGCUUUCCUGGAGUGGAGUAAAAUGGUUCCCAGGCGGCCACGCGGUGUUCAUGGGAUUCCUCAACAGCUUCGUCCACGUUGUCAUGUAUUAUUAUUAUUUCCUCACAUCCGUCAGUCCAAAAUAUAAGGGAAAUGUUUGGUGGAAGAAACACAUAACUCAACUACAGAUUAUCCAGUUUGGACUCAUCUUUCUGCAGUGGUUCGCGCUGAUUUUUCAACCGAACUGCGAAUUCCCUAAGUGGCCGCUAUUUGUGCUUCUACCGCAAAAUCUGUUCAUGUUUGCACUGUUCCUAGAUUUUUACUAUCAAGCAUACAUUAAAAAGAAACCUACCACGAAGGUUACAGAACAGAAAACAAUCGAAACGAAGACCGCUCUUCAAACAAUGCAUGUCGAAAAAGCUAUGAUUAGCAUUCACACAGAUUAGCAGUUCAACGUUUCAUCGUAACUAUAAGGAAGUGCCGUAGCUGCUAAGUCUGAUUAGCAAUUAAUAUAGCGAUAUUCUAUGUUAGAAAACGAUGUUGUGUAAUUUAUUUUGAAGCAUUAAAAAGUGUUCAUGUUAUAAUUUCGUAACUC